AGAGCCCCAUUUAGACCCUUUUUUCUUUAUGAUUAAUAUUAUUCUAGUUUAAGUUGACUUUUUUUUGCCUGUUCUUUGCAAGAUAACUUAGGUUAGAGAGAUGAGGUUUCAGGGGUUUUGCCACAUGUUGGCCAAAAGCCACAUGUUUGAGAACAUCUGUAUGCGAUUGACAUUAAUCUGUGUCACCUUGGAGAUAGUCUACAACUGCCUGUAAGAGUUGCCCUGCGAUAGAUUAUCCCACCUGAGCUGUGGGCCCCUGCGGUUCCUCCAGAGUUACUAUGAGCCUUCUAUGUGCUUCUAACUUGGACUCUUCUCGCCUGACCUCUGUUUAGGCUUUAGUGGUCAGACCAUGCUACCUUUUCCAGGGAUGGAUGCGAUAUAGUACACUGAUGUGUUCUUUGUUCUGUAUGAUGCUAUUUACAGAGCAGCUAAGAUUAGACUAUAUACAGGUUCUCUCCUCUGACUAAUUUUGGGACUUCUGAAGGCAAGUUUUAAAUUGGAAAACCAGAGUAAGGGACGUUUAUUCCAAAUUAACUUAAAAAAACUGCAUCAUUUCACUUCUACUUUACAUCUAAGUACUAUUUUGUUUAUGUGUUGUGUGAAACAUCAAUGAAAAACCUCAAGAGUGAUAUGUUUUAUGGAAUUUGCUCUACAUGUUUGUUUCAGUAUUCUAUGCAAAGAUAUGGCACCAUAUGUGUUGUUAAAUAAAUUGUAUUUCUCUUAAUGUAAUUUCCAUCUCCAGGGGGAGGUAUGUCAUCCAUGCACCCAGUUUACGAAACUCCCAAUGCCUCGUCCACAUCAAGCGAUCACACCCCUGACUUCCUUGGUUUGAUUUGGAGCCCGGGUGCAUGCGGUCGGAGUCAGACGACGGGCUUAGAGUUUGAUCUGACAAGGAUGUCAGAUGUUGAAUUCUCAAACCCUCAGAACUUCAUCCAAGCACAAUUGGAGCCCGGGCUCUCAGUCAGCCCUAAUGCUAGUCCUCUCCCAGCUGCAGUGCCAGUUCAAAAUGCAGAAUGCUCUACAGGGCUUUCCCCUAACACGUUUAGUGAAGCUAUUGACUUGUCAACUUCAACCUUAAACAAUGACCACAGUCUAAUGAUAUCAGGGGAGAAGACUCCCUUGCACUACGGCGAGGUUCCAAGCUUUGUGCUGGCCAGAAUCAGAAGUGAAGAAAGCCCAUUGAAGUCGACUGUUAAGGAAGAAGUGUUUUCCAAAAACCGAUCCAUUUCAGCGAGGGUGUGUCUGGAGAAGAGAUUCAACAGUAUGUGUGCUGACACCACAGUGCAGCAGGAGAGUCACCCUGCAGUUCUCAGCAAUCUUUUGACUGUAUUUCAGCAGACAUCAGAAACUCAAGAGGCCUUCGCACAUCCGCAAACACAAAAGUGGGUACAAGCUGAGCGAGCAAAUCCUUUCAAGGUAUCCAGCUCUCACAUCGGAGGGGUUUUUGACCCGAUAACCAAUGUCUUCAGUCAGGUUGUUGUAGAAAUGGCUGAACCCAGCAACCCUCAGGGUUUGAUGAUGUCCCCAAGUUUGUCAUUUAACCAUCAUCCAGUGACCUCUGUAACAAAACCGUUAUAUACUGACAGCUGCAGCCCUAAAGAAGAGAAAGAAUGGGUGAUCGCUGAAAAGGAUGUGGCGCCGCUUGAGGUCAGCAGAUGGCAUUGCAACAGUGUUUACGCAGAGCCAAACAAAGCUACUAAAACUGCUUCAGCCCCAGGCAGAGUGUCCAGGAGGGACGGCCGCAGAAGAGCUCAUUCUAGUAUAUCAGAGACCCAACGCAAGGAGAGACACAACCGCAGUGAGAGGGAGCGCAGGAAACGGAUCCGAUUGUGCUGUGAUGAGCUGAACACAAUGGUGCCGUUCUGUUUGCCUGAAACUGAUAAAGUCACCACUCUUCAGUGGACCGCUGCUUUCCUGAGAUACAUCAAUAAAACAUAUGGAGACAACUUCAAGAAGGAGUUUCAGAAUGUCAUCAUUAAUGAGAAAGAAAUGCUUUUAAAGUUCAGCAACUCUUCAGGCCAACAGCCAUCCAGCCCAAAGGCCAGCGAGACAUGGAGGAUUUCUCUAGCAGAUGAGCAGUGAUCUAAUUCAUCCAUCUCUGUUCCACACUUAGUGCAUCUUAAAUUGAAUUAGUAAACUGAAAGGUUGAUGUUUAAUGUGACGGAAAAGACCAUUUUAAUAUUUAACUCUAAAUGGAUGCAAGAUCUACUUUAUGUUAACAGAGGACAGGUUUCCUGCAGUUGCACUAUAAAUCCACUAGAUGUCACUGUAGUAUCAGAAUUACUAAAACCAUUUGUUUCCCUAAAUGGUAACCACAUUUCACACAAGGUGGCGCUGUUUUUCUUUGGAAAAUGAAAAAUAUCUGCUGAGAAAAAGGCUGUUUUCCCUCUCAUUUAAUGUAAUUGUCAUUUUAAUACAUAUUUCAAAUGUUCCAUCACAUAUUUGUUUUAGCAGAUGUUCAAGCUGAAUGUGUUUAGGCUUUCUAGCCUCUAUUUAUUCUAGUCUGUUAAUAUAUUUAAUGAGUUGUGAUAACUUGAAAUAUAAAAUUAUUAGAUAUAUUUUGGUUUUUUAGAUUGUAUGUUUCUUGAUAUGUAGAAAAGAGUAAUGUUUUACUGAAAAGUGGCUUUAUUUGUUCUUACAACAUGUCGCUGUAGCAUCUUACUGUACAUACAACAGUCACCCACAAUAAUAAAUAGUAUUUAAUGUAAUGUAUAUUUAAUAGUUACAGCACCGGUGUUACACAGUGGAUGUGGUCAUUGCAGACUGAGAAAGAAAACCAAAGAAAUUUAAAGGUUCCUAAUUUUUUUAUGAAUUACACAUAUUAUUUAUGCAUUCAAAUGUUUUAAACUGUUUAAGAUUAUUUUAGCUUUAGUCAAUUAACUUCUCUUUACAAGUAAUAUUAAAAAAAAUUAAAGCAGUAAAAAAAGAAAAAGAAAUGCACAUAAGUCGUUUUUCAUUAUUCUACAAAAUUUCGGGGCAGCUGGGACAGAGCAUUUUCAGCCCCUGCACCUUUGUCCAUAUUUUACACGGCCAGUUUGUAUGUUGAGGAAACACAGCAGAGGCGGUCACAGCUGCUGUGUGACACAUUGAUGAUAACAGAAACAAAUGGAGCAUGCCUGUUGUGUUUGGGAAACAUUGGAACAAUACAGUUGUUCUCUUGUACUUUUCAAUGCCUGAUCCGCUUUACUUCAAGAUGUUACCUGUUACUUUUUUUAUCCUUUGGGGGGUUUUGGUGUUCCUGUCGCUCUUGGGAAGUUUCUCCAUUCACACUUGUAGAUGUCAUUCCUCCUUUGAGAUACACGUGUUAAAAUAAAGAGGACUUGUAAACGUUCUGUGGUGUCAUUCCUCUCAUGUUAACACAUCCCCUCCUAAAAGCGGCGUAGUCAGACUGCAGAAAGUCAUCCUUAAUUGUUUUUGGGGUUUGUGGAUUUCUCCGCCGGUGACGCUCCCUGGCAGGCUGAUGUAUCACAGAUCCCAGGAGGACCCUGAUGCCCUGUCCGACCCGUCCUGCCAGGUUCGCCGGGCUCACCUGGAUCUCCUGGAGAUCCAUCACGGCCAUCUUUGGCAAACCCAGGUACUCCAGGA